UGUCAAUUCACUUCUCAACCUGCGUAUGGCAUGUUGAGGACUCCUGCAUACUUACUCUCGACUUUUCUCUUUCGAGUCGAGUAUUCCCUGAGACUGUGAGUGGUUCUAUCGAGUAGCGUUGAUUGUUAUUGAUUCACGCUUCUAGUUAUUACGCACGAAAUCCAGACGAAAAUGUCGACAGAAGAAGCGUUUCAGGCUGCUGUCAACGUGAUCCGAUCCAUGCCAAAAGAUGGGCCCUUUCAACCUUCGCCCGACCUGAUGCUUCGCUUCUAUGGAUUAUUCAAACAGGCCACCCUAGGAAAAAACAACUUGCCAAAACCAUCCUUCUGGGCAGUGAUUACCAAAGCGAAAUGGGAUGCAUGGAAGAAUCUUGGAAACAUGCCAAAGGAGGAGGCAAUGAAGAAAUAUGUGGAUGAGCUCAAGCAGAUCAUUGAGACCAUGUCCUACUCUGAGAAUGUGGCCAAUUUCAUGCACGUCUUGGGCCCUUUCUACGAAGCAGUCUACGACGGCCAGGAGCCGGAGAAUCUGCGCCGAAAUCCGUCUCCCCAAUUGUCGGAAGGGAUGGACAAAGAUCAACAGGAAGACGAGAGUGGCUACAGCAGCAGCAUAAACGGCACAGGGGCGGAAGAAACAGAAAGCGCCGAUCUGGAAACGGAGAACAACAACAAGCCGCUGAGAAUUGAAGAAGAAGAACCAGUUACUACACUUUCGCCUGCUACCAGUUCGACUUCACUUUACGCAUCUGAAAAGUUUUAUAGUGAUGCCGAGAGCGACGACGAAUACAAGGAUCCCUUGCCAGACGUCUAUCCGCAAUCCAAAUCGUUCCAUUCGGCCAUGAACAAGUCAUCCAACAUCGAUUCGGGCGAGCAGCUACACGUCACAAUGGCCAUUCAGCGGCUUCAGGCCGAUUUGCAAUCCAUCAACAGUCGAUUGGAGGCGUUGGAAAUACACCGGAAGGAGUCGACGUUGAUGGAAAAUGGGCAGCCGAGGCAACAGCAGCAGCAAGGCAGCACGAAACACAGCACGGUGGAACAGGUGGGCUCGUUCGCCGUCACCUACGGUUCCAUUCCCUCGGUCAACCAGCUGUCUCUGCCUUCGUGGUUCCCGUUCAAGAACGUGAAUGUGGCUACGAUCGCCGUCAUCCUUGGCUGGCCGCUACUCGCUCAAUACCUCUACGCGCGGUUACAUCAUCGCCACUCGGCGGUCUAGAAGAAAUGUCCGUCAAAACCAUCACAAACACGCAGACAGCAAAGAAAACAGCGUUUCUCUUUUAAUUCUACAACUAUUUGCCUUUUUUAAAAAUCUUCUUCUAGAUUUCGUCCGUUUACCACAAAAUGGGUGCUGCUACUACUUCUACUUAACUGGGAAAUUUCAAACUCAAAAAAGAAAAGACAAAAAAGACAAAGUUAUUGACUUUUUUAUAUACAUAUUUGAUAUAUUUUUCUAUGGAAGAUUCCCCCCUCCCCUCCCACUUUUUUUUAAAAAGAUUUUCCAUGACUGCGGAUAUUAAAGAAAUUCCUUCGUUCCCCCUCCUUUGGUAUCUCCCUUCCAAACAAAAUAAUUCAUCCGAAAUAUUUCGUGUGUUUUGCGCCUUACCGUUGAUGAUCAACUUUUACUGCUGGUUGUGUGUAUGUGUGUCGAUUAACGUGAUGUUUUUUUUUCUUUCCCCCCCCCCCCCCAAUUCUUGUACACUUUACACAACAUUUGUGAAAAACAGGAAAACCUCUUUUCCGAGCGCCAAGCGAAAAGAUAAUUUUGUUUUUAAAAAUUCUUCUACUCAUUUUUCCAUCAGGGAAAAUCAUUUCAUUUUCUCUCUUCAACUUUUUGUAGAGGAAGAAAAAAUUAACGAUUGUAAAGGAGUUGCAAUUCAACGGGGUAACUAUAUAUAAAUACACGACAGUUGUUAUUAUUACAAGGA